AUGGCGUCGGCAAUGCCGCUGCUCGCAGCGGUGCUGCUCGUGAUGUGCGUGUCGCACGGCACGGCUGUGGAGGAUGUUCGACUCGGAUUCCUGCUGCCAUUCCCGGACGGUGACUCCGCAGUGCCAGCUCGGCUUGCCGAUGAGUGGAUUUCGGCGGCGCGCAUAGCGGUGGACGUGUUGGGGCGGCAGUACCGGCACCUGGUGCGCGUGAAGCCCUUCAUCGCCAACUCCAACUGCAACCAGCAGGCCGCCGCUGACGCCGCCGAGAAACUGGUGGAGGACUUGGUGGUGGGCGUGGUGGGGCCCGCGUGUUCCGAGGCGGUGAAGGGCGCGAGCCAGGUGCUGCGCUCGCGCUAUGUCCCGCUCGUGUCCUUCGCCGCUACAGCCGACACCUUCUCCGGGGACCUCUACAGCACCUUCUUCCGCACCGUGUACAGCGAUCGGUUCCAAGCCAAGGCCAUUCAGGACGUGAUAGGGCAGUACGGGUGGACCAACAUUUAUCUGUUCUACUCCGAUGAGACGUAUGGCAAUAACCUCAGGGACGACAUUCAGAACUACGCGCAGCGCAGGGAGCUAGGCUCCACGACCAUCCGCGUGCCGUACCCGCCACCGGCAGCAUCGAGCACGUACGAGUGGAAGCAGUUCUUCUACGUGAACGGCCGCCUCAUCACCUCCAACGACUCCACCAUUGUCAUCUUCGCCGCACUGCCCAACGUCGUUGAAGGGCUCUGGCGCGCUGCUUACGACCUCGGUCUGCUGGGCUACCCCUGGUGGUACCUGGUGUCUGAUGGAGGCACUACCUUCGACCUUGUGGGCAUUGACGCAGCGUCAGUGCCACUGGGGUCAGCACUGCAGGGCGAGCUGGGCAUCAGCCCCUACCGAGGCAAGGCGGACACGGACGCAGCGUCGCCCUUUGAGGAGUUCCGAGCGUACUGGCAGCAGCAGCAGCACAGCGAGUACCCCGGGCUGCUGACGCUGCCGGUGACGCCGCGCUUUGAGCAGCCGCGUGCGUACGUGCUGCACCUCAUCGACGCCAUCUGGGCCUUCUUCAAGGCCUUUGAAAACAUCCUCGUCGUGCAGCGCCAAUCGGGCAUAACGCCGCGGCUGGUGUUGGAGGUGUUCAAGAACCGCACGGGCAACGGCAUUCACUUCAAGGGCGUGACGGGGCCCGUGUCCUUCAACCCCGACACCGGCGACCGCAACCAGGACCUCAAGCGCGCCACCUUCGCCCUCAACAACCUCGUUGGGGUUGGCUGGAAGGAUGUGGCGAAAUGGCAGCACACGGGGGGAGACUCGUUCCUGAAGCCAGAGCUCGUCUUGCGCCCUGGCCCUCUGCCUCAAGGGGUCACCCUGCCUGAGGGCCAGCAGAUUGCUGCCCCCUACUCCGUGCCGGAAGAGCUACAGAGCGCCGUGCCAAGCCCAUCCGGGUCAUCUUCCAAUGAGUCUCUGGCGCAGUGGGUGGCUUCUGAGGCGGGGAGCAGCAGCAAUGCGGGGUGGAUCAUUGGAGGACUCAUUGUCAUUCUUGUCGCUCUCCUCAUCUUUGGCUGGGCGCUCUGGAGGGCUGGCCCGAACGCCACCGGCGGCGGCGGCGGCGGCAGCGGCGGCGCUGGCUAUACCAGCGGGUUUUAUGGCGGCGGCGAGGGGCCGCUGUCCGUGUUGCUCGCAGCGAGGCGGAGCGAGCUCGUAGCAGCAGCGGCGCUCGGCAGGAGUUUGGGGUUAGGGGAGAGGGCAUUCAAGGUAGCUUCCGGCGGCAAAAUAGUCGCGGCGGACGAUGUUAUCCGCGGCGCGUUGGCGGCGCUCAGCGUGGGUCACGGCGGACUCGGCGCCGCGUCACCCGCGACCGCGAAGCCCAUUCAGCCGGUGCAUCUCGCCAUGCUGACGUUGGCUGCCGCGUCAGCGUCCGCCGCGCUUGCCCGGCCGGGGCAAGAUUGCGGGCCGUCCGCGCUGCGGUCGGUGGCGUGCGAAGCGGCGGGCAGCGGCGCGGUGCACGCGUCGGUGGAUGCGCGGAAAGCGUCGACGACAGAUUACCAUGUCGUCCGCAUCCCGGGCGACGGGCGCUGCUUGUUCCACGCCGUGGCGCACGGCCACCACGCGCGCGCGUCGCUCCCGCAGCCCACGGCACUCUCCGAGCGCUGCGAGCUGGCGGACGCGCUGCGCAACCAGGUGGCGGACGAGUUCGUGAAGCGGCGGGAAGAAACGGAAUGGUUCCUGGAGGGCAACUUCGAUGACUACGUGGCCAACAUCCGCAAGCCCUAUGUUUGGGGAGGGGAGCCAGAGCUCCUCAUGCUCUCCCACGUCCUCAAGUCCCCCAUCACGGUGUUCAUUGCUGACCCGCGCUCGCCCCGCUCUGGCGCCAUCAUGCCCAUUGCUGAGUACGGGCGAGAGUAUGCCGGCAAGCAGGAGGGAAACGAGGGGAGAGUGGAAGGUGAAGGGAUCAGCAGCAGCAAGGACGCCAUCUGUGUGCUGUACAAUGGCAGCAGCCAUUAUGAUGCGCUUAUUAUUCCUCGCUCAGCUGCUGUCCAAGGGACUCAGCAGCAUCAGCAAGCGAGGCUGUGA